UCGGACCUCCUGGCUCCUGACCUGCACCCUGCUCUGCCUGCUCUGGCCUCGGGAGGCUGCUGCUUUCCCUGCCAUGCCCUUGUCCAGUCUGUUUGCCAAUGCUGUGCUCCGAGCCCAACAUCUGCACCAGCUGGCUGCUGACACCUACAAAGAGUUUGAGCGUGCCUACAUCCCUGAGGGACAGCGCUACUCCAUCCAGAAUGCCCAGGCUGCUUUCUGCUUCUCAGAGACCAUCCCAGCCCCCACAGGCAAGGAGGAGGCCCAACAGAGAACCGACAUGGAAUUACUUCACUUCUCGCUGCUGCUCAUCCAGUCGUGGCUGGGACCCGUGCAGUUCCUCAGUAGGAUCUUCACCAACAGCCUGAUGUUCGGAACCUCAGACCGUGUCUAUGAGAAGCUGAAGGACCUGGAAGAGGGCAUCCAGGCUCUUAUGCAGGAGCUGGAAGAUGGCAGCCCUCGUGUUGGGCAGAUCCUCAAGCAAACCUAUGACAAGUUUGACACCAACAUGCGCAGUGAUGACGCUCUGCUCAAAAACUACGGGUUGCUCUCCUGCUUUAAGAAGGACCUGCACAAGGCUGAGACCUACCUGAGGGUCAUGAAGUGCCGUCGCUUUGUGGAAAGCAGCUGUGCCUUCUAGCAGCAUACUACAGCGUCUCUGCUGUACUCUCCAAGUGC